AUGAUUGCGUCUGUCUUAACCCCGGUUCUGGCCCUGUUGGGUCAGGGAACAUCGGCCAACAUUACCGUCAGCGUGAACCAAACAUUUCAGACCAUCAGAGGAUUGGGAUACUCUGAGGCAUUCCAAAGGGCGCAAUGGGUUUACAACACCAUGUCUUCGGAGCGCCAGCAAGAAAUGUUUGACCUGCUUCACGACCCGGUGAUUGGUGCCGGGUUCUCUAUUCUGCGGAUAGGCAUCGGCUCAUCGGCUGAUAGCUCUGGGGACCACAUGAACUCGAUCCAACCGAUCUCGCCAGGGACACCAGAGAUUGCAGCUUCGUAUGUUUGGGAUCGCAACGACAGCAGUCAAAUCUGGUGGGCGAAGGAGGUGCAGAAGCGCGGAGUUAACCUCUUUUAUGGUAAUUCUUGGGGCGCGGACGCUUACAUGAAGUCUACCAACAACACCGACAAUGGCGGUCUCCUCUGCGGAGUCAAUGGAACUGACUGUGAGACUGGAGACUGGAGGCAGCAGUAUGCAGACAAGCUCAUUCAGUGGGUGAAGUACUACGCGGAGGAGGGAAUUAGCAUCACGCACCUCGGGCCACUAAACGAGCCCGAUAUCUCGGUUCCGUAUGCCUCCAUGCAGGCUGACGGCUACCAGACUACCGAUAUGUUGGCCGUGCUUAAGCCAACAAUGGAGGAAGCCGGCCUGGGCGAUGUACAGAUUACAUGCUGCGACUGGGCAGGUUGGGAGGAUGGUCGUCAGACUCUUGCUGAGAUGAAAGAAGCGGGAGGCGAGGCGCUGACGGGUGUGAUCUCAUCCCAUGGCUAUGGCCAGCCUCUAGGCGCUCCAUUUGACACCGACAAGGAGGUCUGGCAGACCGAGUGGGCCGAGCUGUCUUCCUUCUUUGAUCAGCCGUGGUACUCAGUCCAAGGAGACCCUCGCGGGACAUAUGGGGGAGGCGAGGGGCUCACUUGGGCAAACCGCAUUCUCCAAGGCUUCACAGUCGCAAAUGUCUCCGCGUUCAUCAACUGGAUGGGCGCACAGCCAUCUGACGCGGCAACCCCGUUGAUUCGAACGGUGAACGAUACCAACAUCGUCUCAAAGCGAUACUACGCCUACGCAGCCUUCGGACGCUACGCACGCCCAGGUUCCGAGAGAGUAUACGCCAGCUCGAGCGUAGAGAAUGUGACCGUUUCCGCGUUCACUUCGGCAGAAGGUUUCCCAUCCGGCGGCAACCUGGCUCUGCAGGUUAUAAACAACGCCGACGAGACGGUCAACACGCCGGUCGUGAUUGAAUCUCUCGCACAGAUCAAGAAUGCAACGGCAUACUUGGUUAACAACGACUAUGACCUUGCCGAGAGCCUAAGCUUGGUGGAAUAUGAGGGUGUUAAACUGGCCGUCACUGUCCCUCCCCGAUCGCUGGUGGUUCUCGCAAUAGACGGUACUUGGUGA